AUGUCUGUAAUUUUGAGCUUGCAAAAUAUCAGCGGUCCACAGAGACACAGACGUGUGGCCGCCAAUGCAAGGGAAAGACGGAGGAUGCACAGACUGAAUCAAGCCUUUGACAAACAGAGGAGUGUCAUUCCAUCCUUAGAGAAUGAGAAAAAACUGUCCAAAUACAACACCCUGCAGAUGGCACAGAUAUACAUCACAGAGCUGUCCGAGUUGUUGGAGGGUGUUGUGCACUCGGAGUGCAGAGUUUUCAGGGAGGGGUGCGGCCCACCAGGCAGUCAGAGGACUUCAGCUCAGUCUUUGAGGACUAGCGUCAAUUACACAAAGGAUGCACCUUCCCCUAAUUUCGUUCUGGAGAAAAGCGACGUCACGUCAUCAAAUGCCAGUGAUGGCGAAUCGUCGCAUUUUAGUGACACUGAAGAAGGACAGACUGGAGGACGCUGA